AUGUGGGAAGACAGCAGGAGCAUGACCUCAAAGAGUGCCCGGACUCCAUCUGAAUCAUUAUCCGUUGGAAAUGGUACUACGUUUGACAACAGCAGUGCUGAUUCACCGGUUCCCCGAAUUCGCGAAGUAGAACAUUAUUCACCAGAAGUUACUGUAACAAAACGAGAAGACGUUUUCAUUGAACGAGUGAAGGUACUAGUGUCAUUCGUUCUGCUUGUAGCAGUGAGUGCAGUGGCCACAGUUGCCUAUCUCCUUGUCAAUAAACAGGAGGUACAAAGUUUUGAGAAUCAGUUCAAUGGGCAUGCAUCCGAAGUUGCUGCUGUUGUCGGUCAAAAGAUCGAAAAGCUCUUUCAAGCUCUGGACUCCACAUCAAUAAUGAUCUCUUCUGAAGCCUCAGCGCAGAACGCAAUUUGGCCAUUUGUAACAGUUGACCAUUGGCCAGUGAAAGCUGCUAAACUAUUUGAGCUUGGUGGUAUUGGACAAUCUGUACUUGCUUUGGCACCUGUUGUACAGCCCGAUGCUAUGAACGACUGGACCAUUUACGUAGAACAAGAGGCGCCAGCAUGGUAUCAGGCGUCUAUUGACCAUGAAGGUUCCAACGAGACUGUUGAUGAUUUUGUCAUGCACACCAUUCCGUACAUUCACACGUAUGGUGCUGAUAGGUCUCGGGCUACUCCAAUUGACCCAGGUCGACCUUCUACACCAAUUUGGCAGUCUUAUCCACUGACAAAGGGGGCAAUUUUACCAGCAAUCAAUGAGCUCCCAACGAACUAUGAUAUCCUUGAAGGACUUCACGGGGACACGCAACUUGUUUCAGCAGCAAAUACGUCCCUACGUACUGCUAUCUCUUUUCCAUCGAUUUCUACAGACCCAGAUUCUCAACGAAGGCUGGCGAAAACCGCGAUUGUCCAACCAAUCUUUGAACAAAUAGAAGCUAAAGAUGAAGAUGCCAACGUUGUUGCCUUCUUGAGAUGGCAAAUUGACUGGUCCGUUGUCCUUGCUAAUGUUUUGGAAAAUGGUGUAACUGGAAUCCUCGCAGUGAUUCGAAGCAGCUGUCAAACUAGUGAUUCCCAAGAGCGCUCCGAAUAUAUUACCUUCCGGGUCAAUGGAAUGAGAGCAAUCAUGUUGGCAGAAACAGAUGUCCAUGAAAUCGAGUUUGAUGAAAUGGAAGUAUCAGCAGUCCUUUUCAAUGUUGAUGCUGUCUCUUCCGAAGCUACAGCUAGCGAGUGCAUACCUAGGGUUACGCUUCAUCUUUAUCCAACACAAGAUUUCAAAAUGAAGUUCGUUAGCCAAGAGGCUCUGUACUACGCUGCAGUUGUGGUCUUUAUUUUCUGUUUCACAAGUGUGGUGUUCCUUAUCUAUGACUUUCUUGUCCGACAGCGACAACGCAUUGUGAUGGAUCGAAUCACGCGCCAGGACAUGAUUGUGUCCGAUGUCUUCCCGUCUGCUAUCCGAGAUCGCCUCUACAACCAGAACUUGGAGGACAAGCGCCAUCAACAGGAUGAACUAAUGGAUCCAAAUGACUUUGGAGGAUCAACCAUGUUUGGAUCUGCUCCACUUGCGGACUUGUUCCCAAACACAACCGUAAUCUUUGCGGACAUUGUCGGUUUCACUGCUUGGUCAUCCCAAAGGGAGCCUUCUCAAGUCUUCGUUCUGCUAGAGACCAUUUACAACGCCUUUGACAAGAUUGCCUAUCGCCAUGGAGUAUUCAAAGUUGAGACUGUAGGCGAUUGCUACGUUGCAGUGGCCGGGCUUCCCGAGCCCGAUGAAGAACACGCGGUAGUUGCUUGUCGAUUCGCUCGAAGCUGUUUGAAAAAGAUGAAGGAUAUUACAUUGAAAUUGGAGGUGACUUUGGGUCCUGACACUUCUGAUUUGGGAAUGCGAAUUGGAGCUCACAGUGGACAAGUGACAGCUGGUGUAUUGCGAGGAGAGCGUAGCCGCUUCCAGCUUUUUGGUGACACCAUGAACACGGCUGCUCGAAUGGAACACACUGGAGAAAGAGAUCGCGUUCAGAUCACGCAAGCUACCGCGGAUCUGUUGAAGGAAGCCGGGUUGGGCAGGUGGUUUUUUCCUCGGGCGACCACCAUUUUCGUCAAGGGUAAAGGCAACAUGCAAACCUACUGGAUGAAAAAUGUAUCAGAAUCCAAGGCAAAGAAGUCAAAACCAAAGCUGAAGAAUGAAAUUGCCUCAAUUGACGAGGCCGCCAAGACUGAAGAAACCGUUUCUUUAGGACCUUCUGAGUACAACCCUGAUGAUUCGGAUUCACAUGACGACGAUACCGAUAUCGAUCUUGCUGGCGUUGAUGGCAUGUCCAAGUCGGAUCGCCUCGUCGAAUGGCAUGUCGAGUCUUUGUGUUAUAUGUUGCAACAAAUCAUUGCUUCCCGAGGAGGUGCCGUCCAGCCAAUUGAUCGUCUUAGGGUAGCUGAAGCUGCAGUGGGCAACGGUGUCACCGUCCUUGAAGAGUUUGCACCCAUCAUUGAGCUCAAGCACUUUCAAGCUGACGACCUCAGCAACCGCAUGGAUCCAAGCAAGAUUGACAUUGGUGAAGCAGCUCGGUCGCAGCUCCGAAAGCUGCUGGCAACCUUUGCUUUCAUGUACAAAGAGAACCCAUUCCACAACUUCGAGCAUGCUUCACAUGUUACAGCAUCGGUCAAGAAGCUCCUGAGUCGAAUCAUCAAAGUUGGGGAAGGCAAUGGUCUCGCCGGCCAAACGCCGACUGGAAAUGUCAGUCUAGCUGACUUGGCUGGCCAUUCCUAUGGCAUUACCUCCGACCCCUUGACACAAUUUGCUGUUGUCUUCUCUGCGAUUAUUCACGAUGUCGAUCACCCUGGAGUCCCAAAUGCCCAAUUGGUCAAGGAAAAUACUCGAAACGCCCAGAUUUACAAGAACAAGUCGGUUGCCGAGCAAAACAGCGUUGAUCUCGCCUGGGAGAUUCUCAUGCAAGAUGAAUACAAGGACCUUCGAGCUUGUAUAUACCAGGGCGAAGAAGAUCUUCGCCGCUUCCGACAGCUAGUGGUCAAUACAGUCAUGGCCACUGAUAUUGUCGACAAGGAACUCCAAGCACUCCGCAAGAAGAGAUGGGAAACUGCCUUUUCAAGUAACUUCCUCUACGAACCCGACUCAAUCAGUGUAGAUCGCAAGGCUACCAUUGUGAUUGAGCAUUUGAUCCAAGCUUCCGAUGUGUCACACACCAUGCAACAUUGGCACAUUUACAAGAAAUGGAACGAGAAGUUCUUCAUGGAAUGCUACGGAGCCUUCAAGGAUGGACGAGCUGAUGUGGAUCCAAGUAUCAACUGGUACAAGGGUGAGAUUGGAUUCUUUGACUUUUACAUAAUUCCAUUGGCCAAGAAGCUCGACAGUUGUGGCGUGUUUGGUGUCUCAUCCGACGAGUAUCUGAAUUAUGCAAAGGGAAACCGUGAGGAGUGGGUUCGUGAGGGGGAGAACAUCGUCAAAGACUUUUUGGCAAAAUACGAACAUGACAAGUUGGGGAAAGCGGCACUCUGUAGCAAUCGUGUUUGA